UCCAUUCCCGCAGAGGAGGGCAGGUGAGUUCUCUCGCACCGACAAAGUGAGCCGUGCGAUCAUCUCAGGAUUUUAAAGUUCAAACCUCGUCUGGGAAUUCCAGCUCCCCACCGCCCCCCACCAGCCCAACCCGCAAAACGCCCAACGGGCUACCCACCCCCUCCGCAUCCUCCUCAACAAUGGGCAUAGAAAAGCAGCAGGUGGAACGCGCGGGCACCGCCGGCGGACGUCGACCCUCUGAACCCACCUCGCCAUUGAAAUACGCGUUAGCGGCCGCGCCUGCCGACACAGCCCGCAGGAUCCUCCUCUCGGCUCUGAAAGCCUGGCUUACGGGCUACGCGACGGCGGCGGUGCCCAGCAUCGUGGGGAUCAUCUUGAAAUGUUUCCGGAAGGGUUUCAACAAGUUCGAUUUGAGGGAUACCGUCGUCAAAAUCGUCCGAGUGCUUUUGGAGAAGAGUCCCCGCGCAAGGAUGCCGUGGUUCUUUUUGGCGCUUAUUGGGGGAUUCAAGGCGUUGGAUAGGGUUGCCGACAUGCUUGUCAGAUACAUGUACGCCAGGAACGCCGUGAAAAGUGGGAAGGAGGUUACUAUCGAUGACGACAAGCAUGAUCUGGAGAACGGAGGGCUGGUGAAAGACGUCACAUCAGCCAAAACAACAACUGUCCCGCCCGCCAUAAAGAUCAUCAACCCGAGCUUUAUCGCGGCAGCCAUCUCUAGCGGGUUAUCGCUGCUCAUCAUCCCUAAAGCGAAAAGGGCCGAUUUUGCGAUCGUCACCCUCGUGAGGGCGCUGGAUUCGUUUGCGUCGUUCCAGAAGACUUGGAUCACCGAUGGGUUGAAGAAGCGGAAGGUGCCCCUGAGCCUGGUUGGAAAUGCGGAUUCGGCCAUUUUCAUCUUGGCUUGUGCUAGGAUCAUGUUUUGUUGGUUCUACACCCAAGAGGCCCUCCCCCGCGACUACACCAAAUGGAUCAGCAAAAUGUCCCGCCUCGACGUCCGCCCGCUCGAAGCCGUCCGCCUCCUCUCCCGCGGCGAAAUGGUCUACGGCCGCGACACGGGCCACGCCAACCUCCUCGGCGACUACGCCGUCUCCCUCGGCCUCCCCUUCGCCUCCGGCGACCCCGCCAACGGCCAAAUCCCCUGCACAGUCGUCCACGGCGGCAUCGAAGGCUGCAUCCGCCACCUCUACCACGUCUGGUGGUUCGGCUUCUGGGACGCCCUGAGGAUCUACAUCCCCGUGCACCUCCUCCCCGCGCUCAUUUUCCACCGCCACCGCUUCACCCACCCCACGAAGGCCGCGGAAACCAUCUGGCGAAUCGCGCUCGGCGCCGUCCGCUCAGCCACCUUCCUCGCCACCUUCAUCGAUUUCGUCUGGCUGCCCAUCUGCGCCGUGCGGAAUAUCACAAACGACGACUCGUACCUCGGCCCCACGCUCGGCGCCAUGCUCUCCGGAACAUCCAUCUUCAUCGAGCGCAAGAGCAGGAGGAGGGAGAUGAUGCUGUAUGUGGUCCCCAAGGCGAUUGAGAGCGUGUGGUGGAGUUUGACAAAGUACGGGCCGGGGUGGAAGGUGCCGGGGGCCGAGGUGCCGUUGUUUGGGCUGGGGAUGGGGUACUUGUUGUCGGCGUAUGGGCAUCAUCCGAAGGCGCUGAGGCCCGCGGUUAGGGGCGUGUUGGGGUUCUUCUUGGUGUAGAUUUCGUGUAGGUUUUUUGUGCGGUGAGGCAUUGAUGGGCCCUCUUUCAUCUCAUUUGUUUUUCCGAGGAAGUGGGGCAUAUUUUCGCGUAAGGCGUCGGGGGAGUGGGGAGGAGUUUUCGUUGGAUUCGACCGGAGGAAUAUCUGUACAAAUUUGGACAACUUUAAUUUACACGGUUGCCGCUACAUGUUU